AUGAGAGCAGUGUUUCCCAAGCAUCAGCUCCGGAAGUCGCUUGAAGGAAUUCAGCAGUUCGUCGCUAGUUAUCAAGCAAGCAGAGAUGCGCGACAGGUCUGUGUACGUCUGGAGGCAUUAGAGAGGGUAUAUGGCCAGUCCGUCGAUAUUCGUAUGGAGAUUGAGCUGCUUUUAGAAGACGCAGUUGAGAAGGGCAAUCUCCAAGAAGAAGAAUCGUUGACGGUAGCGAAUGAUAAAGUGAGGCAGGAAUUCGAAGACAGCUUUUAUUCCCUGAAGGCAGACCUAGUGGCCUUCAAAACGGUGGGCUCCAGUGUAUCGGUGGGUUCUACAAGUCAACAGCCGGCAUCCCAGUUUGCAAAGGUGAAACUCCCGGAGAUCAAGCUGCCAUCGUUUAGUGGGAAGAUUCACGACUGGGUGCCAUACCGUGAUAGCUUCCGCAUCAUGAUCCACGAUAAUCCCCUCCUUUCGGAUGUCGAUCGGUUCACCUAUCUCCGGUCUUCUUUAGUUGGCGACGCUCUUCAGGAAGUGAGUUCCAUUGAAUUGUCUGCGGCCAAUUAUGAGGUAGCAUGGAAAUUGCUCGAGAGUCGCUACGAGAACAAGAAGCUAAUUGUCAAGGCGCAUCUCGAUGCUCUCUUCGCCGUGGAGAGUCUCAAGAAGGAAAGCUAUGGAGGACUCAACCAACUAAUAGGUGACUUCGAGAAGAACCUGCAGAUGCUUGAGAGGAUCGGAGAGAAGCCGUCGGAUUGGAGCACCAUUCUGGCUUACAUCAUUUUAUGUUAA